AUGGGAAGCAAAAGAACGCCCCAAGACUACAUAUUUCGAGAGAAACUGGGGCAAGGUUCUUAUUCCACGGUGUUCCGGGCGGUGGAACGUGGUGAAAGUGGACGAAAUUAUGCGAUCAAAGUGUGCUCUAAGAAACACAUCAUACGCGAGCGAAAAGUAAAAUACGUGACGAUUGAGAAGGACACGUUGAACUCACUAGCUUGUGGAGGUCAUCCGGGCAUUGUCCGGCUAUUUUGCACGUUUCAUGAUGCUGACAAUCUGUACUUUGUUCUCGAAUACGUCAGUGGAGGUGAGUUAUUGGGCCUCGUGCAGCGAGUCGGACAACUUUCAGAAGAGUGGGCUAGGCAACUAAUGGCGCAACUUGUCGACACCGUAGACUACAUGCACUCCAAGGGAGUGAUCCAUCGAGACCUGAAGCCCGAGAAUGUGCUGUUAUCCCAGGAGGGCCGCGUGGUCAUCACCGAUUUUGGAGCUGCGUGCAAGGCCGAAAAGAGCGUGGAUGAGAGAACUGCAUCAUUCGUUGGUACAGCUGAGUACGUGUCGCCUGAAUUGCUUCUGCAUAGUCAAUGCAGUUUCAGUUCAGACGUGUGGGCUCUAGGGUGUAUUUUGUUCCAACUAAUGCAAGGAACACCGCCUUUCCGGGGCGAAACAGAACUUCAAACGUUUGAAAAGAUCGUUUCAUUAGAUUACAAAUGGCGCACGCCUGCUCCUCCUGCAGUAGUUUCGCUUGUGCAGCGCAUACUGGUGCUGAAUCCACAAGAACGUGCUACAAUCGCACAGAUAAAGGCGCAUCAGUGGUUCCAAUCUAUCGAUUGGAACAAUAAGGAGAAACUAUGGCGCGGGGUUUGGCAAUUACGCCAGCAGGCGAAACUACCCAGGCCUAAUGGGCGCACGCCGGGUUCGAUGCCAGCUGCGACGGCUGCUGCUCUCGCAGGUCGCACCGCAUCAGGUCAACUGCAUGUCAUAGAUACACCGGCAAGCGGCAUACGCAUCGCAAGACGUAAGCCAGUACGUGCAACUUCAACAAGUACAAUCGUUGAAUGGAGGAAAAAACUCGGACUGGGCACUCUGCCGACACCAGUUGGAACGACUCCGCCAGCAUCAAAGCCUUCGUCAACGCCACAAUCCGUACCCAAGCAAGCAGUGGUAGCAACACCUGGGAUUCCUAGACCUCCGUAUUCUGCUCCGCCUACACCUGGAUCUCAGUCUCCUCGCCCUCUUACACCUCCAACAUCAGCUCCCCCUCCAGUUUUAAAACGAGAUAAUAUUAACAUUUUAGAAAUCCCUUAUGUCCCUAAUUCACUUCCUAUAUCAGUCUCAGGCUAUUCUGCAGUUGACGAUUCAAUUAUUACCGAGUUUGUGACUAAUAGUUUCAAGAAAUUACUAGAAAGUUCAACGAAUUGUAUCUUAUCCCUAGACGUUCGCGGCCAUCUUACUAGUAAGAAACCAAAUCAAGCGCCAAGUUUCAUGGUGUCGGUUUCCGACCCAGAUUUAUCAAUGUAUGAUUAUGAGUUCGAUGAGAAAAGUAACACAGGCUUUUUAAUUUUGGAGAAGUAUAAGAAACGAUUAUGGUUUUUAUCUAUAACACAAGCCAAACUGGAUACACCGAUUCAACCCGUUAAUCGGGAAAAAUCGUGGGUCGAGUGUUUCUUCACAGCCCGGAAGAUGAUAAAAGAUUCAGAAAGUCCGCGUGAAUCACAAAAGCAAAAACCUUUAUCAGCAGGGAAGACUGUACAACCAAAGAGAAAGGCAUCUCCAAAAUUUGCUGCACCCCCAAACAUGGUUCUGAGCUCCAGCCGAUAUGAAGUUCUGCAUACAUUGUCAGCAAAGGGUGUCAAGGGUGGAGAUGCGAGCAGUGGGGCAAGCGCAGCAUUCAAAAGUUUACAGCAAAGAUGA